AUGCUUCUUAGACAUGUCCGGUAUUCGACAUGUCAUGACUUGGCGUGCCGGUGCAACCCACGUCACUUCACCCGCAGAGCCUACAAUACAUCGUCACCGGCAAGCCUCUCAUCCCUAAGCUCGACGCGACCCAUCGCGAAACCACGUGCCACACAUGACAUCGGUCGAACAGGUCUUGCACUAUCGCAAUGCCGCGGCGCGAAGCGAAAGUCUGCAGUGACUCUUGACCAACUUCAACAAGGGCCUCUAGAAGUCGAGGCGCUGCCGCCGCAAGAUGAUGCGGAACCGGAAUAUCCGCCGCUGUUGCAACAAGUGCGCAACAACAUGCUCAAGCUUCGUCACUGUGUGCUAGUCACACGCGUAGGCGGCUUUUACGAGCUAUACUUUGAGCAUGCAGACGAAUUUGCCCCGUUGUUGAACAUCAAAAAGUCCAAGCGAAGAGUUUCCAAGGGAAGCAAGAAGCCUGCAAUCUCCAUGGCUGGUUUCCCUGCCUAUCAGCUAGACAGAUAUCUGAAGAUACUGGUUCAGGAUCUCAACAAGCAUGUCGCUAUCAGUGACGAGUUCCUCAACGAUGCACCAACCAAAGCAAAAGGCGAAUCGCAGUACACACGAAGAGUGUCGCGCAUCGUAACACCAGGCACUCUUAUCGACGAGCAUUUUAUGGAUCCAUGGGAGAACAACUAUCUUCUUAGCAUCCAUGUCAGCCCCGAAGUGAUCAAACAAGAGGAGGUCGUGAACCAGAGUCCUGGCAGCUCCAGUGUGUCAUCUGUCCUCAACCUCCCGCGCACGGAGGUUGGCCUGGCCUGGAUCGAUCUUUCAAGCGGUGACUUCCUCACGCAAAGCACGGACAUUGCGUCGUUGCCAUCAGCAGUAGCCCGUAUCAAGCCUCGAGAGAUUGUACUAGACAGUGUCUUCCAAGAACAGAACCAUUCGCGAAUCGUUUCCAUCUUGCAAGAAGACGGGCAUAUUAUCACAUUCCAAGACCCCCUAGGGGUGCCACUUACCGUUAAGGAUUGGAGAUCUAUGUUGGAAGAUGUAGUGGACGACUAUGACAUAGGCGACUUCACUCCGAGCGAAGUCGCUGCGGGAGGGUCGCUAUUGCAUUACGUUAAGCACCAACUGCUCGGUUCGCGCAGUCGACUUCGUGCGCCAGUACGGCAUCAAGCCCAAGAGCAUAUGAGCAUCGACAAGAACAGUCUAAGGGCGCUGGAGAUCCGAGCUACCAUUCGUGAAGGUACUUACGAGGGAAGCUUACUGCAUGCGCUCAAGAAGACAAUCACAAAGAGUGGCACAAGACUGCUUACGCAGCGUCUGUCUGCACCAUCAAUGUCACUAUCAACCAUCAACGACAGACUAGAUCUCGUUGAAGAGAUGAUACAGUACCCGCAGCUCCGCCAAGACAUCAGAUCGCUCUUAGAACAGACCUUUGACACUUUGCGCUUAGUGACAAAAUUCACUUACGGUCGUGGUGACGCUGACGAUCUGAUCGAGUUGUCAAAGACUAUCCUUACCACCGCCUACAUCGUGGACGUACUGCACGAGCAUGUAAAAUCCAGGAUAUCCAUACCCGUCGAUCCCACAUCGGCGGCAUCAGAGUAUCGAAGAAGGGAGUGCAUAUCCAUGCUAGAACGUCGAUUUGAUCUAGUACAACCACUCGAGCUCGCGAACCGCAUACAGGAUGCCAUCGAUGAAGAAGGUCUGUCUGAGUAUCACCGCAUGGAAAGUGAAGAAGCCGAGGGGAUGUCAAAUCUGGCUCAGGAUGUGGUUGGCCGAGAAGCCGGAGAAGAAGAUCUGAAGGAGUUGCCACAACGCAUUCAGCCAAAGCUCAAGAUGAUCACUGGAAGCUUCAAGCCUGCAACCGAUGGCAGAGAAGAUGUCCACAUAAUGAAACGGAACGCCAGUCUAGCGCUCGAGCGUCUCCACAAGAGCUUGGAUAAAAUGGCAAAGGAAAAGAGCAAACUAGAACAAGAAAUGCGCCAGAGGAUGGCAACAGACAGCCUCGUACUAAAAUGGACACCGAACCUCGCGCACAUCGCCCACGUUAAAGGCAAAGACACUGCCCGCACCACCGCUUUCUAUCCCCGCAGCUUAUCGUCCAGCAAAUCCACACGCUCGUUCCAAAUCCCCGGAUGGACAAAUCUAGGCGCGCAAAUGGAUGAAACACGUUUUCGCAUUCGAACGGAGGAACAACGCGUCUUGUCUUCCCUGCGCGAAGACGUCAUCAAGAACCUCGUCAAACUCCGACGCAAUGCCGCCAUCCUCGACGACCUCGACGUAGCAUGCACUUUUGCCAUACUCGCCGUGGAGAAGAACUUUGUUCGCCCAAUCCUCAGCGCAGAACCUGCACACAACAUUGUCGGUGGCCGCCACCCUGUCGUAGAAGCCAGCCUGUUAUCCCAGGGCCGCAGUUUCGCACCAAACGACUGCGUCCUCCGUCCCCACUCACGUAUUCACCUUAUUACCGGGCCUAACAUGGCUGGUAAAUCGACAUAUCUGCGUCAAAAUGCCUUGAUAUCCAUCUUGGCGCAAACUGGCUCUUUUGUACCAGCGACUUACGCGGAGAUCGGCCUUGUAGAUAAAAUCUUUUCCCGCGUGGGUUCGGCUGAUAACCUCUACCAGGACCAAUCGACGUUCAUGGUCGAGAUGCUAGAAACCGCUCAGAUACUCAAGGAAGCUACGCCUCGAUCUUUCGUCAUCAUGGAUGAAGUAGGUCGGGGUACUACACCGGAAGAUGGCGUCGCGGUUAGCUUUGCUUGUCUCCACCAUUUAAAAGUCGAAUUCGAAAUUACGACAAUCAUGGGUGAAGCGGCAGUUACCCCACCAUCGUCAUCGGCGCAACGUGCCCCACCUCCGCUACCUAGCACCAUAAGUCCAAGUAUCACGCUCCAGCCACCUCUGUCUAGACGCGGAAAAGGACCUGGACUGGUGCUUGUGUUGGAUCACUAUGCGGCGAGAGAAGCCAAGGACGGGUGUUUAGACCCACCGCCACUACAGAAAUGGGCUGAGGAGGGGUUCGCAGUCGUGCAGCUGCUAGUCCCUGGCAAAGUUGAAGACGGUGGCGAAUUUCCUCUCCGAAGAGCCCUAGAAGCGUUGAAGAACUGCAAAGGAUGCGAAUACAGCAAUGGUGUUGGAUUGAUAUCAUACCUAUCAAGAACUCCAUAUUACGUUGAAGAAGCCGCCGGCAGCACUCCAGACAUCAAAGCUCUUGUCUCCUACGGUGGCGGAAAGUUCACCACCAUCGGCUCAACACCACUUCCACCCCAAUUGGUACACAUAGCGGGGCUGCCAGAUACUCGUCGUCGUGAGUCGUGUUCACUGGUCCCAGGACCAUCUUCAGAAGAUACGACACCACUCCCGGAGAACGUUAUCAAGUCUUACCGAUACGAAGAUGCUAAGAAAGAAUCCGGAUGGGUACUUCCAAGCGAUGAGAACUACCACAAGCGAAGCUCAGGCAUUGCGCACACGAGGAGUCUGACCUUUUUGAAGCCGUUACUUGGUGGACCAUUCUUCGACCUGGAGGCGGUGUGGGAAGAGCAUACGAAAUUCGAGUUUGGGGAGAGAGAUGUCGCGAAAACAAUGGCUACAAUGGUGGACCAGCCGUAUGUCAAUCACAUACCGACCAUGACCGGAGGGGUGGGCCAAGAGCGACUCACAGCCUUUUACACUCACCACUUUGUUUUCAGCAACCCGCCCGAUACCGCCCUCUCUCUCGUCUCACGCACCGUAGGCAUCGACCGCGUGAUUGACGAAUUCAUCUUCACCCUCACACACACUAGAGAAGUUCCCUGGCUUCUGCCCGGUAUCCCUCCUACCGGCAGGCCCCUCGCCAUCCCCUUCACCAGCGUCGUUGCCAUGCGCGGCGAUCGACUGUGUCACGAGCAUAUCAGCUGGGAUCAUGCGACGGCGCUCAAACAGUUGGGGCUAUUGCCGGAGUAUGUCCCUUUUCCAUUCGAGAUUGAGGGAGAGGCCAGAGCGGAGGGGAAGAGGUACGAGGUCAAGUUGCCAGUUGUGGGCAUGGAGGGGAGUAGGAAGUUGUGCGGAGAAGAAAUACCUACAUGCCAGAAUUGCAUCUUUCGACGAGUAGAUUGCGCGUAUGGAUCAAAUGCUAAAGCCAGUCGACAUGAUCUCUCCAGAGCUUCCAGUUCGGAAGCUACCGGAUCCCCAACCCGCGUCCCGCCUGAAGAGCCACCAUGGCCAGCAGGCAAGCUUCGCGCGCAUGAUACAGCAUUGCAAUCAACGAUUGGUGUUUCGAGGCGACAAGAGCUGCAGCUGAUGAUCUACUACAUAAACAGAACGAGUCGAACCCUAGCACAUGACGCCGCAGAACUUGUCGCCUGGACAGAAGCCAUCCCAGAAGAGGCUGUGCGGUAUGAUUUCCUGAUGGAUGGGCUCUUGGCAAUGGCGUCGCUUCAUUUCGCAUUCUACAAUCCGGACUCGCGUAGGCAAUACACCGAAUUCGCGAUACGAUAUCAAAACGAGGGUCUGCAAAAGUACAACGACACUCUGGGAGAUAUCAACGAAACAAACUGUACUGCUCUUUUUGCUUUCUCCAUUCUUAUCAAUGUCAUGGCCAUCGCCUUGCCAAACGCAGAUCCGAGUUCUGCAAAUUCAGCGCAUACUGAGAGCCUGAUGACUACGCUUGAACUAGGGCAGGGUAUAGGAAUCAUACACUCGAAAUCUGUCACCCUGCUUACCAAUGGAAAACUGGGAUCGUUUUUCCGAUCCUCACCAGGAGAUCUGGACCCCGACGAUGAGACAAAAGCCGCGUUAGACAAGCUUCGUCAACAUACAGAUAGCCUUCUGCAUUCCAAUUCCAUCGACGAAGAGCGCCAUGCUGUCUAUGCCUCAGGAAUCCGGUGUCUUGGAGUCGUUUUCGGAUAUAUGACGAGCUCGAAUCAUUUAGGGCGCGUCAUUGGCUGGCCUGCGAUGAUCUGGCCAGAGAAACACAGGGAAGCGCUCAUGAAGUUGAUCCGAAACGGCGAUAUCAUGGCUCUUACUAUAUUCAUGCAUUACGGUGUGCUUUUACUCCACAUCCGGCAUCUGUGGUGGGGGGCGCGUACGGGGAUUAGCCUCAUCGAGGACCUGGCGAUCUCGGUACAUGCUGCAGGUCCUAGUUGGGCUGCGCUGACCGAGUGGCCAAGGGGAGUCGCUAUGCGAAUUGAAGAUGGUGGGCGAGGCGCUUUCCAGUUUGAUGACUCGUUGCCGGGAAGACUCGCGUAA